AUGGUGUAUGCACAGCAAUGGAAAAGUGAAAGUACGCCUUCAGAAGAGGAGAUAGUUCCAGGAACAGAUGAAGAUAAAAUGGAGGAUAGCUGUUCUCAGAAACUGGCCUCCGUAAAACACUUCAGGCUCUUCUUGCUGAUACUAAUUCCUUGCAUCUGCGCCCUUAUACUUGUGUUUGCGAUUCUUCUUUCAUUCGUAGGUUCGUUGGGUAAAAAGUGCCUUCAUUCAAAUGGAAGCGACAUUCAUUUUCCUAACAUGAAUAAGAGUGAUUCGGUUGGGGUUCCAUCAAUGGACAAUAAAAUAGAGCUGACCCCUUCGACAACGAAUCAGUCUUUUCAUUUCAACCAGAUGUACCCAAAUAUGAGUAUAUCUAAAGAAACCUCUCAGGUUGCCUCUGAAACCUCAGCAGUGAAAACUAAUAUUACAGAUGAAAGGACCUUGACCAAUAGAAACUGGUCAACGGAAGAGGAGCUGGGAGCCACCCACCCAUCCAUCAAAGUCAUGAGCAAGACAUUUUUUGACCCUACUGUGAAACCUACAAUACCACCCGCUAUGCAAGACGUGGGUUUGAAAAAAGGUUUGUGCAUAAACAUCAACUACAGCCAAUGUGAAAUGCUGCCAUAUAACCGGACUACUCUGAGAUCAGUUCUUUCCAUUGUGAGAAGCAUUGAAAUGGAAAAAUUUCUCAAGUUCUUUGGUUAUCUCAAACGCCUCGGCUGUUAUCAACACAUUAUGCUGUUUGGAUGCAGCCUUGCUCUUCCUCAGUGCAUCAGCGAUGGUGUCAACAGUCACGGACUUCUGCCUUGUAGAUCAUUUUGUGAAGCUGCAAAAAAAGGGUGCGAACCAAUCCUUGCGAUGGUCAAUUCUUCUUGGCCAGAGUUCCUCGCCUGUUCCCAGUUCCACAACAACACUAAAAGUAACAAUAGCACCAAGGUCUGCUUCUCCCCACAAGGGGAAAAAUGGAAAGGAUUACUUUGUGAAGAAGAUGGAAGCUUCUUGUGCAGAAGUGGGGUUUGCAUCCCAAGGAUUCUGCAGUGCAAUGGCUUUAAUGAUUGUGAUGACUGGAGCGAUGAAUUGCAUUGCAAUUGCAGUGAAGAGCUUUUCCGCUGCGACACUGGGAGAUGCCUCAAUUAUACCUUUGUUUGUGAUGGUUAUGAUGAUUGCGGAGAUUUUAGUGACGAACAGAAUUGUGAUUGUAAUGUCGUGACUCAAUAUCAGUGUGGAGAUGGGAGAUGCAUAGCCCUGGAUUGGAUCUGCGACGGUGAUCCUGAUUGCCUCGACAAAUCAGACGAAACCAACUGUUCAUGCCACAGCCAAGGACUGGUGGAAUGCAGAAACGGGCAGUGUGUGCCCAGUGCUUUCCAGUGUGAUGGAGACAAUGAUUGCAAGGAUGGAAGUGAUGAAGAGAAUUGCGGUGGAAGCCAAAGAUUAUGCCAUGAAAGAGAUCAGAAGUGUAAUUCAACUUCCUGUCCUGAUCCUUGUAGGCAUUCUCCUCUCUGUGAUGUGAACAGUUCCCAAGUGAAUUGCAGUCAAUGUGAACACAUUACGCUGGAAUUGUGCCUGAACCUGCCGUACAAUUAUACGCAUUAUCCCAACUAUUUAGGCCAUCGGACGCAGAAGGAAGCCUCUAUUAGCUGGGAGUCUUCUCUCUUCCCAGCCUUGGUUCAAACUAACUGUUACAAAUACCUGAUGUUUUUUGCCUGUACCAUCUUAGUGCCAAAAUGUGAUUUUCAGACAAAUGAGCGUAUCCCACCCUGCAGGCCUCUUUGUGAGCAGUCCAAGGAACGUUGUGAAUCUGUUCUUGGAAUUGUCGGUUUACAGUGGCCGGAGGAUACAGAUUGCGCCCAGUUCCCAGAAGAAAAUUCGGACAAUCGAACUUGCCUGAUGCCUGAUGAUAAUGUAGAAGAAUGCUCACCCAGUCACUUCAAAUGUCGUUCGGGGAGGUGCAUCUUGGCUUCCAGAAGGUGUGAUGGGCAACCAGAUUGUGAGGAUGAUAGCGAUGAAGAUUACUGUGGUUGCAAAGAAAGAGGUCUUUGGGAAUGCCCGUCAAACAAGCUGUGUAUUCACCACGCAAUGAUAUGUGAUGGUUUCCCAGAUUGUCUUGAUGAUGUGGAUGAAAAAAAUUGCUCGUUUUGCAAGGAGGAUGAAAUUCCGUGUGCAAACCACGACUGCCUACCCCGCGAGCGGUGGUGUGAUGGGCGAGCAGAUUGUGCCGACACAUCGGAUGAAUGGAGCUGUGUGUCCCUCUAUAAAAACAGCAGCUCCUUGAUGUUCCUGACUGUAUAUAGGUCAGCUGCCAAUUAUUUUGUAUGUGCGGAUGACUGGGAAGAAAAUUUAAGCCACUUGGCAUGCAAACAGAUGGGUUUCGGUGGGCCAGUUGUGACAGAACUUGUUCCAGUGUAUGAGCUUCCACAACAGGAAAAAUGGUUGAAUCUACACCCUGAAUGGGAGAAGAAAAACGGGUCCACAUUGCAUGCUCUUUUAGUAACAGGGUUACCAUGUGAAAGCAGGAAUGUGGUUUCUCUUCUCUGUGCCAAAGAAGAUUGUGGCCGUCGCCCUGCAGCUCGCAUGAGCAAGAGGAUUCUCGGCGGCAGGACCAGUCGCUCAGGACGUUGGCCAUGGCAGUGCUCGCUCCAGAGCGAGUCCAGUGGUCACAUCUGUGGCUGUGUUCUCAUAGCAAAGAAAUGGGUCUUAACAGUGGCACACUGCUUUGAAGGGAGAGAAAAUGCCAAGGUAUGGAAAGUAGUCUUUGGCAUCAACAAUCUGGAUCAUCCGUCAGUCUUCACGCAAACCCGCUUGGUGAAGACAAUUAUUCUGCACCCUCGUUACAACCGGGCCGUGGUGGAUUACGACAUCAGCAUUGUGGAACUCAACGAAGGCAUCAACGAAACCAGCUACGUCAGGCCAGUUUGCCUUCCCGACAGGGAGCACCUAGUUAAGCCAAAUACCUAUUGCUACAUCACCGGCUGGGGACACAUGGGCAGCAAAAUGCCCUUCAAACUGCAGGAAGGAGAAGUGCGCAUUAUUUCCUUGGACCAAUGUCAGUCCUACUUCGACAUGAAGACCAUCACAGUCAGGAUGUUAUGUGCAGGCUACGAGGCUGGAACUGUGGAUUCUUGCAUGGGUGACAGUGGAGGUCCGCUUGUGUGUGAGCAGCCAGCUGGACGCUGGACGCUAUUUGGCUUGACUUCUUGGGGCUCCGUUUGUUUUUCCAAAGUUUUCGGUCCCGGAGUUUACAGUAAUGUGUCUCACUUUCUCGAAUGGAUUGAAAGAGAAAUCUACCUGCACACAUUUUUGAUUCGUUGA